UGAGCAGGGUGGGUGUGAGCAGGGUGUGUGUGAGCAGGUACAGGUGUGAGCAGGGUGUGUGUGAGCAGGUACAGGUGUGAGCAGGGUGCCUGUGGGCUGGGUGUGUGCAGACAGGGUUGGUAGCAGCGGAGUGAGCACAGGGAGGGUGGGUGAAGUCAUGGUGGGUGGCAGGCAGAUGCCAUGGGAAGUCCUGGUGUGGCUUUGCUGGGCAGAUGGAAGGAAACCAUCACCCACUCAGGAGUGUUGGUAGGGUGUGGCCUCUGAAGGGGACGCUGCAGGCUGGGCUAGGGGGGUGACCCCACCAUGCCUCUUGAGGGCACUUAGGGUGUAGGACAGCAGGCUCAGGCCAUCCCCAACCCCCAGAGGGGAAGUGGGGCAGUUUGCUCAAUCCUAGUUAAUAAACUGGCAUGGUGGUUCCUCCUGCCUUCUGCCUGCGCCUUCUCCUUCGCAAGGGGAACAGCCAGUCUGAGAUGGAACCUCAUGGCGUGCAGUAGGAUAGGGAUUUUCUGACCUCUCAGAGGCUAUUUGGGCUCCUCAGAGCCCUGACUUUGAGGACAUGAGUGAUGAGCUGGCUGGUCUCAUGGGUUCUGAGGUGGCAGGAGCUAAUGGCAGGGGAGGCAAGGCCAGCACUGUGCCUCCUGGCCCUCAGCUGGUUUGGCAGCGCUAGACCUUUCUGCAGGUCUCAUGGCAUGAUUUCCUGGAGCUGGCACCAUAUGCCACUUCCCUGCCAUGAAUCAGUUGUUUGCCCUUGGACCCACCAAAGCUCCGUGAACUCAUCUGGCUGUGCGGCUGGGGAACCGCACCUGUACUGGGGCCAGUGUCGGGCUGGGGGGAACAAACGCAUGGUCUGUGCCUUACUGCCUCUAAGCUGUGACCUGCUUGGUUUCCUGUCAGUGAGAAGAAUGGGUUCCAUGUCAGAGGAGCUCAGCUUGGUCCCCUUGCACCAGAGGCCGGAGCUGCUGGAAGCCUGUGCCAAGCUGCUGGGCGAGGAGUGGGGGAAGAGCCGGGCGUCGCGGCUCCACUCACUCCAGCGCUCCUCGGACGCCUUUCCCACCUGCCUGCUGCUGCUGCGGAGCCAGGGCCCCAGCGAGACCCCUGCCGCCCAGGAGGGGCCCUGCGAGCUCGUGGGCCAUGUCCGACUCUCCCGUGUGGUCGGCUGUCCCCAUGACCUCUUCGUGGAGAGCGUGGUGGUGGCCCGGGCGCUGCGGGGCCAGGGCUAUGGGCGGCGGCUGAUGGAGGCCACUGAGCAGUGGGCCCGAGCCCGGGGUUUUCGCUGCCUGCACCUCACCACCCACGACAAGCAGCAUUUCUAUGCCCACCUGGGCUAUGUCCUG